AAUUUUAGCUUUAAUUGUACAUGUAUAUAUCACACCUAUCAUAAAUAAAUGUAUAUCUUUACAAUUAAACAAACUACUGCUAUAAGCUUCGCAAUCACAUCACUUAAUUUGUAAUUACUCAGUCAAAUAUAUAGUUACUUAAAUAUGAUCUAAACAUAUUCCCGAUGCAGUCUUCUACUUUGCUCACCGAAACCUCUUUAUUAUAAACUAAUAAAGUUUAAUUCAUGCAUUUAUAAAGCUGCUUUUUGCAGGGAAUGUAGAUUAUAUUUUACAUUCUCUGCUUUUUGUUUUUGAUUUACAAUUUUUUGUAAAUAUGACACUUUUUCUACAUUGGCUCUUCUCUUUCUUGGUUCUAUGUCGUCACAUGUCGCAGUCUUGUUUCUGUCAUUCUUAAGCUGAUAUAAUUGAUUGAGUAUGAUACGGCGGGUUACACAAAAUCUAUCAGCUAAAUUUUUUAUUAUUAUUGAUAGGGAUGAGUGUUAUUAAAGUUGUUUUAUAGGGGAAGAAACAAAAGAAAACUUACUGAGAUAAUGUGGAUUUCAGAUUAUAAGUAUAAAUGGCACGAAAUACUGGCCAUGAAAAUUAUGCGCUCCGGUGGUUAUAUACCACGACACAUUGCGUUUGUAAUGGACGGUAAUCGCCGAUAUGCAAAAUCUCAACAUUUGCGCAACAUAGAAGGACAUUCGCAUGGAUUUGAUAAGUUGGCAAAAUGUUUACGUUGGUGUUUAGAUAUAGGAAUAAAAGAGGUAACCACUUUUGCAUUUAGCAUCGAAAACUUCAAAAGAUCUGAUGAAGAAGUGAAAGAUUUGUUGGAUUUGGCGAGAGAAAAAUUCCUAAAUAUAAUAAAUGAUGAAGCAAAAUUGAAUGAACAUGGAGUACGCAUCAGGGUAAUUGGAAAUCUGAAUUUGUUGCCUGAGGAUUUGCAGAAGUUAAUCGCAAAAGCAAUGAUAAUUACCGAGCAUAAUGAUAAACUGUUCCUUAAUAUAGCCUUCUCAUACACGUCACGAGAUGAAAUGACACAGUCUGUUGAAACUAUACUCAAACUGGGUGACGAAUUACAACCGGAAGAUAUCAACGAACGACUAAUUGAAGAAUGUCUGUAUACAAGACAUUCCCCACCACCUGAUUUGCUUUUUCGAACAUCGGGAGAAACGCGUAUAAGCGAUUUUAUGAUGUGGCAGCUUUCGACGACAGUUAUUUACUUCACAAAUAUUUUAUGGCCAGAUAUAACCCUUUGGAAUUUUUUAAGUGGUAUAUUUGCAUACCAACGCGCAAGUAUACGCUUAGAAGCAUUUAAACAACAAAAACGACUGGAGCAUGCACAACAGGCAAAAAACUGUAAUUACUAUUCUGACCGUGUUCAACUUUUUUUGCGUACAGUAGAUAGUUAUAGAAAAAAAUUACUCUUAAGUUUAUCUACAAGCAAUUAAGUAUAUAGAAAUUUAUUAAGAGUUCAAUGUUAAAAGUACUAUUAAAAAUAAAUACGAUAAUUCUAAACUUUGGUAUUUGAAUUGUUGUUGUUUAUUAAAUGACAAUUCAAAUGCUACAUACAGCUACAGCCGAGAAAUGAGUAGUUUCUUGGAGAUAAAAAAAAACGUGUUCAAAAUUUCAAAUCGAUACCUCAAAAACUGAUUCAACUAGUUGGCGUAUAUACAGACAUACGAAUCGAAACAACUGUUCAUUUACAUACCAUAUACAUUUUAUAGGGUCUGCGACGUUUUAUUUUGGGUGUUAUAAACCUCGUGGCAAAAGUAAUAUACCCUGUUCAGGGUAUAAUAAAGAAUAUGCUGUUCUUUCAAAAAUAUGCAAUUUCAGUUAUAUUUUUAAGUUGCUUUCAGAUUCACAACUCAAAUGCCAAAGAAAAAAGUCGUGCCAAGUAGCCAAUAUCGAUAUCGAAAUAUAAAUUUAAAAAUUUGUUCCUGGAAUUUCAUUUCCUCCAAGGUAAUGUACAUAUUUACAUAUUUCCCAAAACCACGCAAAUAACGUAUUGCAAUGUACUUUUUUUUAAGUUUUGUUAUAGUUUUUAUACAUUAUUAUAUAUACGGGUUUUUCAUUGAUAUAGUCCUUUAUUACAUUCCCAAAAUGGUCAUUUGGGAAGCAGAAAACUGAAAUUGAUGAUCAUUAACAUUCUCUGGUUAAACCGAAAUUACAGUGUGAAUUCACAAUAGUGUUCUAAAUUUUACAAAUUGAAUCAAAUACAUUAUAACACAAUUUAUUAAUGCUAUUUUUUACUUGUUGUAGAAAUCACUGAUUUCUGCACAAAUUUUUAAAUAAAAUGUGUAUGUUUUAAUCCGAAAAUUUUAUUGUUAUUGUUCACUACAAACCAAAUGGUUAGAAGUCCAUUAUUCAAGAUAUCUAUUAUUUUUGGAGGUGUCAUGAAACGGUUAAUUAUAAAUUAUAGAAACGAAGAAAAAUCUAGGGACAACUAGUGAAUACUACUUAUAUAGACAAGCAUCUCCCUCUUGUGCAUAUGCAACUAAUUGAAAAUAUUCCAUGGCUGCAUUAUUCUAUUCCUUUUUAACUGAUGGUAACGAGUGAAACGCUGGUCAACAAAGCACAAAGUACAAACGAAAAAGUAGCGAGUAUGUUCACAAACGAGUGCGCAUUUUCUGAGAGCAAUCAUUCUGUAGUGGACUUCAUUGAGUACCUCGUGCGCCUAAAUUUACGUUGUUUUGAUUCAAAUAAAACAAAUUAUUAUAUAGUGUUUGCAAGUUUCCGACGGCUUUUACUAAAUGUGAGAUAAUUGAUUUCCUAGAAUAUGGCGGGAUAUUUAGGAAAAAUUGUACGCUUGAAUUUGCAAUUGCCUGAGUGUUAACGGUAGGCGGUUGCUUGUCAUAUAUUUUAAUUCGGGAACAAUAAAAGUAAAUA